CCAGGGUCACUUUUAACUUGCAUUAUCAGAGGCAGAGCGUCCAGCUUGCCAAACUCUGCAGAAGGUUCCCGAUAGGCGCCAAUCUAGGAGACCAAACCGUCCGCCUGCGGUCGACCAAUCCAACCCCACCCGCGAGUCUUUUCUCUUCCAGGGACCCUCCUGGAGCCCAGGGAACCAGGCGGGGGCGAGAGGGAGCCCCCAAAGGAGCGCGACAAGCAGGUCCCGACCCGCCGGCGUUCACGCGGCGCGUCUGUUGCCCAAACCUCCCGCCGCCUGCGAGCAGUCGCCGAAUUGCCGCCCCACAGGGAGCCACUCGGCCCACAGGCAGCCCCGGCUCUCUCGCCCAGUUAAGGCUCUACAGACUGGCACUCAGGCCCGCGAGCUCGCCCACUCCUCUCAGCCCACUCCGUGGUGCUCGGGUGUCGAAGAUGUCGGCCAAGCCCGCUGUCGGCUUCGCGAACGAAGCUUCUCGGCAGAUCCUGGCCGGUGGUUCCGCUGGUCUUGUGGAAAUUUGCCUGAUGCAUCCUCUCGAUGUUGUGAAAACCAGGUUCCAGAUUCAGAGAUGUGCAACUGAUCCAAAUAGUUACAAAAGCUUAGGAGACAGCUUUCGAAUGAUUUUCCGCACAGAAGGGCUGUUCGGUUUUUACAAGGGAAUUCUGCCACCCAUCUUGGCUGAAACACCAAAAAGAGCAGUGAAGUUUUUCACCUUUGAGCAGUACAAGAAAUUGCUAGGAUAUGUGUCACUGUCACCAGCAUUGACAUUUGCCAUUGCUGGAUUGGGAUCUGGACUAACAGAAGCCAUCGUGGUCAACCCUUUUGAGGUAGUAAAAGUUGGCUUGCAAGCCAAUCGGAACACAUUUACAGAGCAACCAUCCACUAUGAGUUACGCCAGACACAUCAUUAAGAAGGAAGGCUUGGGACUCCAGGGCCUCAACAAAGGAUUUACAGCAACUUUGGGACGUCAUGGAGUUUUCAAUAUGGUUUAUUUUGGCUUCUACUACAAUGUCAAAAACAUUAUUCCUGCCAAUAAGGAUCCAACCUUGGAGUUUUUGAGGAAAUUUGGGAUUGGUCUUCUCUCGGGCACAAUAGCCUCAGUCAUUAACAUCCCUUUUGAUGUUGCCAAAAGUAGGAUUCAAGGGCCUCAGCCAGUUCCUGGAGAGAUCAAGUACAGAACCUGUUUUAAAACAAUGGCAACAGUCUAUCAGGAAGAAGGGAUUUUAGCCUUGUAUAAAGGCCUGCUUCCCAAGAUUAUGAGGCUUGGACCAGGUGGUGCGGUGAUGCUGCUGGUUUAUGAAUACACCUAUUCAUGGCUUCAGGAGAACUGGUGAUUGCCUACAGAGGAUUUUCGCCCCUUCAGAUACGGGAUAUUUGUUAUACAGCGCCAUGAAAAGGAGAGACUAUCGAUCAGCUAAGCCAAUACAAUUAUAAAUUAUAAUUAUAUAGUUAUAUACAACUAUAAAGGGUAAAACAGUUUGUUCAAGAACAAAACUUAUAUUGAUACUUUAAAAAUUAUCUCUAGACAAUUUGAGACUGUAGUUUUGGUUGUAUCCAUAAGACUGUGAGAAGAAGAAGAAUAAGAUGAAGUAAUGAGGUAUGAAACUGAAUAUAAAAAAUAGCAUAGAAAUCAGAUAUAUUUCAUAAAAGCAACAUAAAUUUUAUGACCUACACUGCUUAUACUGCUUCACAAUGAAAAUUCAUUGUAUUGAUGAUUACUUUUUCCCAAAAGGUCAAGAAAUGCUUAAAAGUUAAAAAUAAAAAGCCAAAAUUUAAACCAUUUUUAUAAGAAAUUAAAUUCUUCCAUAAAUAUGAUUUAAUUAUAUACAAGGAAAAUAUUUCUAAAGUGUACUAAAACAGCCUUUUAAAAAUUUUGUGUUAAAAUGUGAAGUUAUUGGUUUCCUUCAGUCAUAAUACAUAUCUCAGCUAUAUUUUCCUAAAUCUACUUUAUAUUUUGCACUGUUGGUUAAAGCAGGUCAUAUUUUUAAAUCAUGAUAUUUGAAGUCUUUUAUGACAAAUAUAAAACAUGAAAUUAUAUUAAACUACUUUCCUUCACAUAGGUCCCUUUGAAGACAAGUUUUAAUGCUGAAGUAUUUUCAUAUUAAAUCACAAAUUGAAACCACUCUGUGGGCCCAUUUGUGCUGUCUGUAUUUGCAUCCAAAUACCUUUGUUCAGAACUCUUACCUAUGCCAUUCUUAAAAAGAGUGUUUGGAGCAAAACUACAUUUCUAGGUUAUUAGUUUUAAGUGACAGUUUCAAGUGUGACAUCUGCCAACUGCAGUGUUAAAAUAUGUAUUACGAAGGGGCAAAUGUUUCAAAUAGAAAUACAUUCUUAGCAAUUCCAAAGAUUCCUGUACUAACACGCACUCCAAAAAAAAUCUCCUUAGCGUUGCUAUAACCAAACUUAAUUUUAUAUCUGCAUUCUGAAAUGAUGCUACUUUAGUAGCUAAAGUUAACAAAAGUAUCUGCAUGUUCUGGAUGGCAACUACUACUGUGAGGUAUUUCUACCAAGAAGCUGUGCCACUAAAACAUUUUGAAAAUAAAAAAUGAAAGAUAGCAUGGUAA